AUGGGUGCACUUCACGAUAUCACGCUGUGCGUUCUGGGCUGCGGAAACCUUGGUAUUCCGAUCCUCAAAGCCCUGCUCGAUGCAUCCAACAGCGAAAACUACACUCUCCCAAUCACCAAGUUCAUUGCGUGUGUUCGGAGUGAGCAAUCAGAAAAGGCGCUGAAGGAACGCUUUGCAAGCGCAGGAGAUAAGCUUAGAAUCUUGAGAGGUGACAAUAUCACUGCCCUCAAAGAGUCCCAGGUUGUCGUACUAGGGGUUGACCCGAGUGACGUUGAGGCUGUCUUGUCUCAACCCGGCACCAGCGAAGCCUUGAAGAACAAGCUUCUCAUCAGCGUCGCCGCUGGCUGGACCAGAGGGAAGUUGGAAUCUGCUCUAUAUGGUAGUGAGACAACUGCCGAUAAUACCAGCGAUCGGGCCUGGGUCGUGCGGACGCUGCCAAACAUCGCCGCGAUGGUGUCUGAGUCUCUUACGGCUAUCGAGAUUUCGGAUCCACCAGUUCCCGCUCAUUACCUCGAGCUUACUGAAGCAAUCUUCGAAAGAAUUGGAAAGGCAGUCAAGAUUCCGCCCAGGUUGAUGAAUGCCACCACGGCUGUCGGAGGCUCGACGCCGGCAUUCUUCGCGGUUAUCUGUGACGCCAUGAUUGAUGCCGCCGUCGCCGUGGGGGUUCCCAGAAACUUGGCUCAUACCAUGAUAUUCCAGUCCAUGCUUGGAAGUGCUACUCUCAUGCAGAACGGUUUGCAUCCAUCACUGCUAAGAGACCAGGGCACAUCGCCAGAGGGGUGCACCAUUGGCGGUUUAAUGGUAUUGGAGGAGGCUGCUGUUCGGGGACACAUUGGAAGGGCAUUGAGAGAGGCUGUCACCGUGGCUCGUUUGAUGGAGAGCACACCUCAUGUCAAUGACACCAGACGUUCAUAG